ACUAAGCAACGGUGAAAUCUAAGUGUGCUUGUUCGCGGACGUGUGUGGGUUUUUAGGUAGCAAUCAUGAUCGUUGGCAAACUCCAUUCAAAUUGCUCUAAUAGCCUAAGGAUCUUUUUCUCCGCAGUUUUUCUUUUCAUUGUUUACUACAAAACCGCCGACGAUAUAUCUUCCCGUAGUUCAGUCACAUUCCCAAGUUUGGACUCUUUCAUAAAAGACUGGUGUCGAAUUCGACGACAACGACUGGACACAAAAUGGAUUCUUAAUGUUUGUAAUUCGGAUAUCUCUUGGAAAGGCCAUGUUACUGGUGACGAGAAAACGAAACUCACUACAGAUGCCUCAAAAAGCGAAAUUUCCGAUUUUCAACUAAGUCCUUCAGGAGAAUUUAGCCGUUUUUUUAUCAGUACGAAAACUUCGGAUGGAGUUCGAAAAACUUUCGGUGGUGACUCGUGGCGCAUUCGGUUGCUCGGGCCAGCCGCUAUAUCUCCGUCAGUGUUUGAUCUCGGGAAUGGUUCGUAUGAAGUGUUGUUUCUAGUCAUGGAGCCGGGUGUAUAUCGCGUGGAUAUCUUUCUUGACUACAGCUUGUGUGACGGCUACAGAGAUCCGCCCGACAACUGGUUUGUUCUUGGUAAUUCACAGGGUAAGAUGCAGCCAGACGGGAGCUUGGGUAGCCACGCCAAGACCGACUACUUGAUGCAAAAAUUCAGAGACGGAGAGCGAAUCCUAAUUAACAUACCACUAUCUAGAGGCGAAGGGGCCCAUCUUCUGAACGCCCUUCCCGAACUGCACCCCGAGAUUGCAACCGGAUAUGACGUCACUUGCGGGACAAAUUGCCUCUGGGCAUGGGACGGGUAUGGCAGAUGGAUAGACGAAGUUUGGAAGCCGUACUUGACACCCCGCCAAUCAAAGACGCCUAAGCCUCCCAAGGCUCCUCCCAAAUACUCCACCUUGCUGAUCUACGGUGACUCCCAGGCGGACCGGAUGUUCAAAUCAAUCAAGAACUCUUCCCUCUGUACCUCACUUUUCACUUCCUGCAAAGUUCGUAAAAUGUGGGUCUACCCUUACACCAACGAGCUACCCCCAGACGAUAACCUGGACUUUAAUCCCGAUAUCAUAAUCCAGGAUUUGAGGGAGUGGCUGGAGAGUGAGGAGUUGAACGAGAAAAGCGUCGUGUUGCUUAACCUUGGUCUACAUUACGCAAUGGAUGUGAGUGCGGCGACGUUUACGCAUUUGAUGGACGAGGUUGUAAAGAUGAUCAAGUCUGGAAGAGCAAGGAAUACCAUACGUGCACGCAUUAUAUGGAAGACGACCACUGCGCUAAGUAAAGAAAAGGAUUUAAAGGAGUUUCUGUUCAUCGACAGAAAAAGGUUUUUGACAGUUCCGAGAGUUCAAGUUUUCAACCCUAUCUCCACGUCGCGCGCAUGCGCAGCAGACCUUGAGGUCUUUGAUGUCUUCCCGCUUACUCGCAGCUACCCACAAGGCACCGGGGGCCCUGACGUCGAAUUUUAUAAGGAACAUGACAUCGUACACUUUAAAUACUACCUGUUGAAGCCGCUAGAAGAUAUCCUACAAGAAUACCUCCAGGACCAGGUCCCACUUCCUAUCUCUAUAGAAAAUUACGAAUUUCACUGACAUUAACAAUAUUUUACCGCUACCAUCAUGUAUUUCGUGCCGAGAAGACGAUUUGGAGGUUUGUCUAGUUGGUGGUGCUACAAAAUAACCCGUGAUCCCACACGCGCCACACAGGGUGACCUUAUACUACAUGCGCUCUUAAUUUAUACAAGAACCUUUUUUUAAGGGACUGUGUAAUAAUUAUCAGAAUUUGUGUAAUAUCAUUUGGGUCAUUUGUGUAAUUCAUUCAAGUAAUUUGUGUAUUAUAUUUUCAUAUACAGUGAGAUAACAUCCAUUUUCACUUCCUCUUUCUUUCAAAUUUUUUUAGUUAUUAGAUUACUGUUUAUUAAUGCUGAUUGAGGUAUAGACCAUUAAUAAUUGUACAGAAAAAGUCUUGACGUUGACAAAAACAAAAUUCGUAUGUGUUUCAUGAAUUAUUCGUUCAUUAAGUACACAUUUCACUUAAAUGUACACAACUUGUCCUUUUUGCUGAGUUGAACUGAAACCAUUAUCACUUACUAAUGCUUGUCCAAAUAAGCAGAGAACAGGUGAUACUUCGAAAACGUCACCAUCACAAACCUUUUGAACCGUUUUAGAUUCAAAUGCUGCAUAACAAUUAGCUAUCUAACUAUUAAGGCAGUUAAAUGCAGUGCAUUAGGGCAAAAUUAAAUAGUCAGUAUAAAAGCAUAGCAGACACAAUGUUUAUGUAAUAAAAAAACACGUUCGAUCAGAAAA